AAUGAAAAAUGUCUGAAGUCACUAUCCUGUGUUUUCUUCAAGGUAUAGACGGCCCAUUUAACGUUACGGUUGGCAAAGACGAUACGAUUGAAAGGCUAAAAAAGCUAAUCUUAGUCAGGAGCGAAAAAAGUAUCGCAACGGAUGAAUUCAGAAUCUGGAAAGUAUCCGUGCCUGCUGAUAAUAUUGUGGGCUUACAAAAAGUUCCGGCUGAAGUGUUAGAUUUCGUAGAAUUAUUAGAUAAUGAGAAAACAGUCUCCGAUGCAGUGAAGAUCAUCAGGAAAGAUGUUAUCCAAGUUUAUAUGGGCAAAAAUGUGACUUCCUUGAGGGAUGAGUUGAGGGAGUUAAAGGCAUUAGUUCACGCUCAGAUUCAAGCACAGGCUCAAAUGUGUGAAAAUAUUCGAAUAUUAACUGAUCGUCUCAAUUGUGUCAAAUUUAGCGGGACUGAUAGCGAAGUCGGAAAUGUGACAACGGGGAAGAGUAGUAGUUUCUCACCACCUCGAAAGGCUUCCAAGCAACCGUCCGGAACAUUGUUAAGAAAACUAUGUGAAAAGAAGAAAAUCCAAAUUGGCGAUACAUUACGUUAUGAGAAAGACGGGAAAUCUUAUGAUUUCAGGGUUAUAAAAAUUGAUAGAAGUAAUAAACCCUUGUUUUCUUGUACGUAUAACGACCAGAAAUAUGAAGAAAGUAACGGUGACUUGGAACCGUUGUUGCGGAAUGCUUUGUCAAAAUUUACCGGACAAACUGUUUUAUAUCUAAGGGAUGUUUAUGAUAACACUUAUCUUAUCCGCGAUAACCAGGAAAUCGGAAGUCUUAAAACCAUUAAAGCUGAACUUGGAUCAUGAGCAUAUAUUUGUUUUGUAAAUGUUGUAUACUACAAUGUAAUAAAGUUUGUCCGUGUUGCUUUCGUCCUACCUCACGGUCAUUUUUGAAUCAUGUGAGAUAAGUCACGAAAUCAUGUAAAAAUAUGCCGCAGUAUAUACGUAAAAAUACUGACUAAUAGACGUUUUCCUGCGGUCCUGAA